AUGGCGGCGGCGGGCCUCGCCCAGAUCCCGGACGUGGACAUCGACUCCGACGGCGUCUUCAAGUAUGUGCUGAUUCGAGUCCACGCGGGACCGCCCUCCGGGACCUCGGCUGGGGAGACCAAAGAGAUCGUGCGCGGCUACAAGUGGGCCGAGUACCAUGCUGACAUCUACGACAAGGUAUCAGGCGAGAUGCAGAAAAAGGGCUAUGACUGCGAGUGCCUGGGGGGCGGGCGCAUCUCCCACCAGAGCCAGGACAGGAAGAUCCACGUGUACGGCUACUCCAUGGGUUACGGUCGUGCCCAACACUCUGUCUCCACGGAGAAGAUCAAAGCCAAGUAUCCGGACUACGAAGUCACGUGGGCUGAUGAUGGCUACUGA